ACGGGCGGGGCUCACGUGAGGGAUUGGCCCCGGGCGGUGACGUGGCAGGAGGCGGAAGUGAGGCGGCUCCAACGAUGCUACGGCAGGACAGUAAUGAUGACACUGAAGAUGUGUCACUGUUUGACGCAGAUGAAGAAGUAUCCACGAGAUCAAAAAAGUCAAAGAUAAGGCACCCAGUGGCAUCAUUUUUCCACUUGUUCUUCCGAGUCAGUGCAAUAGUUGUCUAUCUUCUCUGUGAACUGAUCAGCAGCAGCUUUAUUGCAUGCAUGGUGUCAAUUAUCCUGCUCCUGUCGUGUGACUUUUGGGCAGUAAAGAAUGUUACGGGCCGGCUGAUGGUCGGCCUUCGCUGGUGGAACCAGGUGGAUGAUGAUGGCAAGAGUCACUGGGUGUUUGAAGCCAGGAAGGCAUCGGCUCAAGGGAAAAAAGUUUCAUCUGAAGCUGAGUCCCGCAUCUUCUGGUUAGGACUAGUUACCUGUCCUGUCAUCUGGGUGAUAUUUGCCUUCAGUGCCCUGUUCUCAUUCAAAGUGAAAUGGCUGGCAGUGGUUACAAUGGGAGUGGUUCUACAGGGGGCCAACCUGUAUGGUUAUAUCAAGUGUAAAGUGGGCAGAAGAACAAAUUUAACCAGCAUGGCUACCUCCUAUCUUGGAAGACAGUUCUUGCGGCAGACAGUGGUUAAAGAUGACCAAGCCGAAUCCUGAAGACUGAUCCAAAAUUGGAUUGGAUUUAUACUGGUGAACAACAGUAAAUGUUUUCUGACCAUGAGUUUAGGAGCUACAUAAACUGUGUGUGGAUUUUUUUUUUAAAUUAAAUCUUGCAAGACUUCAGGUCAACUCUCAUAGCAAAUUCCUCUCAGUUUUUCUGCAACCGUUUGCAUUUCAGAGCUCUUCUAAUAAUUUGUUUGGUUAAGGCACUUGAGGUAAUUCACCUAAUCUUUUAAUUAAAAGAAAAUCAUAGAUCUGGAGCCUAAAUGGGAACUAAACAGUCUGGGGUGAAGUAAGAGAUAAAACUACUGGGCAUCCUUCCUCAUAAUUUGUCAGUGUGAAAAAUGUAAAUGAGGCAGGUUUUAUAUCAUUCAAGAACUCCCCCGUCCUUCCAGCAAUUGCAUCAAAUAGCAAUUCACCCUGCAGAAUUACUACCUGCAGAAGUAAUUCUGCUGUUGGAGAUAAUUGCUGUCUAAAUCCCACUCUUAUUCUGUACAUUGAAUGUAGCUAGAAGAUGACCUGUUAGCAGAUGUUGGUCCUGAACCUGUUCCCAUUGAAUUCCAUGGGACUUCUGUCAUUGGCUUGGGUGGGAUCUUAAAGUGACAUCUAAGCAGCUCAGUUACUUUACUUAUGAACGAUACUUUGAUAUUCUGGACAGCCCGAUUACCACCUGAUUGAGAGGUUAUGCUGCAGCUUUGAUUCCACCUUGCUCAAUUUAUAUAAGUUUUGCUUCCCAAAUAAGGCAGGAGCUAGGAUGGCAUGGAACUAAACCCUUAGUGUGGGGUAGAAUUCCCCCUUACCCUGUGGUGUGUGUCUGAACAGAGAGCAUGAGAGCGGGCAGUGGGUUUCAGGGGAAGCUGUGCAAAAUACUAGCAGCAAAGUGAAGCUGUGAGUGGUUGUUGCCUGGCCAUCACUAAUAAAACAAAGUGCUUCAUGCUGUCUUAACAGACCACAAUACCGCCUUGGGCACAGUGUAGAUGUAUCUGAGGCUCCCUGGGAUAGAUGGGGGUGGUGAUGCCUGAUAAAUGCAUCAGUAAGUUUGCCAGUGCAGGAAAUGGUGUAUUGCAGACCUGCAUUGACUGCCAGUCUGUCUGCAAAGGAUGGCACUGCUGUUAGUGGAGAUAACUGACAGCUGAUCCUCCCCCACUGGUACUCUCUCUCUCUGUGUAUAUGUGUGUGCAUAUGUGACCCCUGUGUUCCACACACAUAGAGAAAUGCUCAGGCUCACUUGCUAGUAAAGUGCAGCUCAACAUUAGUAGUAGUUGAAAACAGCCCUCACUAAAAAUUCAGGUAUGAUUCCAAACUUUCAACUGGCCACUUUCCUCUCACUCACUGUGUUGCUGGCAGGGUGGAUUCAUGCAAUCUGAAUAAUUCAUAUUCUGGAGCUGUCUAAAAACCUAAUGCUUGAAUGCCAAUUUGGCAGAAAGGUUUAUGUUACAUUAAUUCAUGCUAUAACUGCUCCUCAAGUUGUGCCCGCCAACAGAUUCACUGGGGUUGGUAAGAAAUCUGCAUCUGCUGUGUGCUCAUGGACUUUCGGGUUAUGUUGUUCAGUUAAAUGGAGGAAGGUGACAUGUUUCGCUGGAAAAGCGACGUCGAGAGGGGACCACUUGUCCCUUGUCCUGUAACUCAGUUGAAGCGGGAUUGGUCUUUUACAUCAGAGGGGAGAAUAUAACCCUGGAUGGGUAUUUUUAAUUUAAAAGCAUAGUCUUUUUUUGGCUCUAAAUUGUGGGAUUGUAUUAACAAUGUUUUUCUUCCUAUACUAAAGCAAUAUAUUGAAAUUGUAAAAUCU